AUGAAUGACUCCAAGGCAAACAAAAGCAUUGAAGAAAACACAAGUUUAAAUUCAAGUUUAUCCCACAGCGCGGGCUUCACCAUGAUCCUAGAGCCCUACCCUCUAACAGUGAUCCGACUCACGUUAUUCGGAAUCCUGUUCGUCACAGCCAUUGUCGGCAACGCGUGCGUGUUUCUUGCUCCAUGGAGGAACGCUCGACUUCGUACGUUCAGCUACUCCCUGAUAACGUGCCUGGCAGUGGGGGAUUUCAUCAGUGCGCUCAGUCUUCCAUUCACGCUCGUAACAGAACACUUACACUCCCGGUGGAUCUUUGGCAAGGCUCUGUGUCACUUUCUAAAUCCUACCCAAGUGGUUUGUGGAAUGGUCACUACCAAUGUCCACACUGCUAUUUCCGUUGACCGCUGUGUCUCUGUCAUGAGCCCGUUUAAAGGGAAACCCAAGGGAACAAAGAAAAGGCUUAUUAUCGCUCUAAUCUGGCUCACUGCUGUCCUCUGCGCUCUUCCCUCCUUUGGCGCGCACAGAAUGAAGCUUCUUUAUCUACCGAACGGUCAGACAUUGAACGUGUGCAUAGAAGCGUUUCCCGCGCACAAAUAUGCCUAUAUGUAUUCCCUUUUCCUAAUGGUCGUAAACUACACUCUCCCGAUUCUAAUCAUGAGCAUUAUGUACACAAGCCUAGUCCUUAAACUGCACAGCGCGGGAAAGUUUCGUGACGAACAUUCAACAAGCCUGCACGGUGGAGCCAAGACAGACAUCGAGAAAAAAUUUAUUCGCAUGGCCUUUCUGAUAAUGGUCCUGUUUGCGCUUUGCUACCUACCGUACCAGGUGCUCUACUUGUUAAUGAAUUUCGACGUGAUGGCUACCCUAAGCUACGGGUUCCUGUUGUUUAAAUACGCCCACCUACUGACAUGGGUGCCGAAUGCCCUCAAUCCGAUAGUCUACGGCAAGAUGGACCUCCUGUACCUGAAAGCCUACAAAAGGAUCUUUAGAUGUGUUCUGAAGAAAAGGAAGCGUAGCGAGAGCGAUGGGACCAAUGUUUUACCCAUGAGUAGGCUCCUUCUGACGAGGUAG